UGACGCGCGGCUCACUCUAGUCUACAAUAAGCAGACAUGAUUACACAACGGCAGAUUUCCAUUUUACUUUGCGCCCUGUUUGCGCUACUAUCGCUUACAAUUGCGAGUCCUGACAGCGCUGGGCAACCACCACUCCCCGGCCCAGGCCUUUCUUAUGGUGGCAUCCCCUACGGCAGUAUGAGCGGCAACGUUGCAGAAUAUUUUGAAAGGCAAGCGCCAUCUUUCGUCAGAGGAAGGAUACUAAGCCCCGCGUCCCACAACGAAGUUAACUACACGCCUAUCGAACAAUGGUUAUAACUUCACAUAUCUCACUAGUUCGAGAUUUAAUGAAUAUUUCAUAAAUAAAAAAAUCUUAGAUUACUACACUUUACUUAGGUUUUAUAAUGUAACAAUCAUGUUAUAUAAUAAAAAAUAUCAGAAAUGAAAACAUUAAAUUGAUGGUGACACAAACUACUAGAUAAUGUUGUUUAACGACACAAGAUGGCGAUAAACCCUAAUUAA